AUGUUCCAAGCUGGUGCCGACAUGAGCGACACCAGCGGGGACGAAGAUGAGGUGGUCCCCGCCAGAGUUGGUCAAGCCGUCGGCCGAACCAAUGAAUCUGAAGUUGAUAAUGAAGAAGGAAACAAUUUUUUUCGAAGGGCCGCUCCUGUCUAUCCGAAGCAUAUGAUCAAUCACAACUUGGAUGGAACUACGACAGGAAUGCGACGAACUACCAGCUCGAUCGCAAGAAUUUCUAUGGCCAUUCGUCGAUCACUACGUUUGCCACGUCGUUCUGAAGCAAGGAUGGCCGCUAGAGAGGAACAGAUUUUGAUUGAGGCUGUGCCUGAAGGACCUCUUUUCACCGAGAACACCAGGGACACUCGGAUUGGUGAAUCGCAUGUGCCGAAUCUUCUCCAGGAAAUCAUCGAUAACAAGCGUCUAAACAGAUAUGAUAAGGUCAAAAAACUAAUACGACGAACGGAUUGGCCGGUUUGUCACGAAAUUCGUGGAAAUCUCUGGAAAGAACUCUGCAAUACAAAGGACUGGUCAAGCAGCAAACGUCUUUAUUAUGAUGAGGCAAUUGAAUAUGACAGAAUCAACCAAGGCAAAAAGCAAUCGCCACAAAUCCUAGCUGACGAGGGAGGUGUUCUCAACAAUUUUGAUUUGAAGGAGGUUGGAUCUGUCAAGUUGAUUCGUCUUCUUCUGAUUAUCGAGAGACUCCGUCCAGAAAUCGUCUACGCACCGACAAUCUAUCCACUUUGCUCUCUGCUUCUCCAUUUCAAUGAUGACGAUGCUGACUGUUUUGCGUGUAUCAACUACUUGCUUAAUACCAAGGGUUUCAUUAUGACAGCACCAGUUCAAUGGGCCGCAUCCAGUCAUACAAUUUUGGCACUUGUCAAAAAGCAUAAAUCCGCAGCGUACGUGCUGCUGAAAAGAAGACUUGGCACCACUGACGACAGUGUGCUCGUGAAAUGCAUCGAGGAUUGGUUGUUAUGGCUCUUCCAAUAUCUGCCAUUGCCAUACGUUUGUCGAAUCGUCGAUUGCUAUUUCGCAGAAGGACACAAAUUUCUUAUUCGCUCUGCUAUUUCUAUCGUUUACAUUUGGUCCAAAGUGCAUAAGAGAGGAAUGGAGGACUUCAGUGGUAAAUCAAUACAAGAAAAGAUCGACUGUAUCAAGAAGGAAUUCAUGGAUGUUGCCACUAAUAUCUCGGUGAGCACCAGCACCUUCAUCGCAACAGCUGUCAAAAUUCGUAACCUGCAAUCGGCGACUAUUGCAAAACUUCAGUCGCAAUAUGAAGAUGAGCUGCGAGACGAAGUCAUUCAGCGUCCACGUGCCGUCAAGAGAGUACGUCGCACCAUUUUCUGUGAAGCGUUCAAAUCAUGUCUUGUGGACAAUGAUACUGCUAUCGAGUUGAUGUCGUACAUGCCUGAGAGACUUCAAUUGGUCACUCCAACUUUGGCUUACCAAUUGAGCCAAGAUGGUACCAGUUUCUACAACUUCUGGAACAAGAUUGACAGACUCGAUCAGACUAUUAUCAUCAUCAAGAGCACUACUGGAGCUAUCUUCGGAGCUUACUGUAGCUCUACAUGGGCUGAGAGACAUGACCGUAAAGAGAGAACAAGAUCAAAGUACUGGGGAACUGGAGAGUCUUAUGUGUUCCGUAUGAACAAGGAUAUGGAACUUCCUGAGAUUUACCAAUGGGUUGGAAAUUCUCCAGAUGUCACUUCAUCCGAUUGCCCACAAUAUUUCAUGUCUGCUACUGAUAAAUCAUUUGUGAUUGGAUCGGGAGGCAGCGAUGCAAUCCGUAUUGACGAGGAGUUGACCCAUGGAAUGACAGGACCAAGUAACACAUUCAACAGCCCGAAACUUUGCGACGAGGGAGCAUUUGAUAUUUAUGAACUUGAAGUGUUCCAUGUUACUUCCAGCGACUGA